CACUUCACUCAUUCACUUCUGAACAUUCACACACACUCACGUACACACACUGAUCGCUGCAGCAAGGGGCUCCACUAGAAUGGAUGCUCAUUUUCCCCCAAUGAACAUGGGAGAGCCCUGUGUUCAGAUCUUUGAGCAGCCCAAACAAAGAGGCAUGCGCUUCAGGUAUAAAUGUGAGGGCCGCUCAGCAGGCAGUAUACCUGGAGAGAAAAGCUCUGAUAAUAACAGGACAUACCCAAGCAUUCAGAUUUUGAAUAACUGUAGAAAAGGAAAAGUGCGUGUGUCUUUGGUAACCAAAAACGAGCCCUACAGGCCACACCCACACGACCUGGUGGGAAAAGACUGUAAGGAUGGCUACUACGAGGCAGAGUUUGGACCUGAACGCAGGGUGAUUGCCUUCCAGAACUUGGGCAUCCAGUGUGUGAGAAGAAGAGAAGUUAAGGAUGCCAUAAUGCAGAGAGUAAACAGAGGCAUCAACCCCUACAAUGUUCCACGGGACCAGCUCUUGCUGACAGAGGAGUACGACCUAAACGUGGUGCGACUGUGUUUCCAAGUCUUUCUACAGGACGAAACUGGACGUUACAGCAUUGGAUUAACCCCUGUCAUCUCUAAUCCCAUCUAUGACAACAGGGCCCCAAACACCGCGGAGUUGCGCAUUUGCCGGGUCAACAAGAAUAGCGGCAGUGUGAAGGGCGGUGACGAGAUCUUCCUGCUUUGUGAUAAAGUGCAGAAAGAUGAUAUAGAGGUGCGCUUCUUCAACCAAACCUGGGAGGCUAGAGGCUCCUUCUCUCAGGCAGACGUCCACAGGCAGGUGGCCAUUGUGUUCCGAACACCGGCCUACUAUGACACCUCCAUCACGUCUCCUGUCACUGUUCACAUGCAGCUGCGCCGUCCCACUGACCAGGAAGUGAGCGAGCCCAUGGAGUUCAGAUACCUGCCUGAUGAUAAAGAUCCCUACGGAUGUCAAGAGAAGAAGCGGAAAAUAGACAGUCUAAUGAAAUCCCUGUCUGGCUUUUCAUCUGGACCUAUAAGCUCUCUGAACAGAACCAAAGCAGGCAGCCAUAGAAUUAAAACUGAACCAACAAAUUUCUUUGGAAAGCUCCAAAGCCAUGGCAUUAUGAGACAAAGUCAUCAAAACAUGAUGCAAAGCACCUGUUCUUCCCACUCCAUGAUGCCAUCAACUUCAGCAUCUCCAGCUCUGUCAGCAUAUAACCCUGUUCAGUGGAGCAAUCCACUUAACUUCAACCCAGCAAGCAACAGCCCUGGGCCCAGUAAUGGGGUCGGCAUGCAGCAGAUCAACACAGUUAACCCCGUUAACGCAGUUAACACAGUUCCCACCCUCAACACCACAGGUGAAAGUGGAAACAGUCUCCCCUUACUGAGUUCAUUUGAUCUGGAGAUACUGAACCCCCAAGGCCCCUCAGCCAGCCAGCCUCGGCAAGAGCAACAGGACCAGAGUGUCCAGCAUGCCCAGCCUGCACACCAGCCACCCCACAGAAAAGAUGCUAUGCCUGCUCAUGGUGGAGACACCAUGUGGUAUAAUUUUGAAACCCAGGGAACGUCAGGGACGCAGAAUGGGGCACAGGGCACAGGUGGGAUGAUGGGGAUGGGCUACCCGUACUCAGACAGCCAGGAUGGGAGUGAGAUGCUACAGAGUCUGGUGGGCUCUCAGUUAGGUGUUCAUUUAAAACAAGAGCCUCAAAGCCAGAGCAACCUGACCAUGCUGGGACCUGCCAACACAGUCACUUCUGACUGCACACAAGUCUUCACCCUGCUCAACUACCCUUCAGCCAAUGGCAGUGGCCAAGAGGCCAUGAGGCAGGCAGCCAGCGGGACCAACAUGCCAGUGCAAAGAAACACACAAACCCCAUCUUACUCCAUGACUGGCAUUGGGAAUGGACUGAACUGGCCAUACUAUCCAGGACAGUAACAGGACUGCACACCAGAAUUCAGAUUUUUUUUUUUUUAAAAAGGGUUGUAAAUUUAGCACUGCACUGAACCAUAAGGAGCACAAUAUGUAGGUUAUUCUUUUGCUCUUUUGACAUUAGAUGACCAAAUCUAUAAUUUCUGCUUUAAAUAUAUAGGCUCCAUUUAAUGCUUUCUGGUUUAUUUUUAUGUUUUUCUUUAUCUUUUCCUUACCAACAGAUUAAGUUUAAGUACGAGGGACCAAAAACUGUAAGAAACCACUGUCAGAUCAAAAAGGCAGCAGGAUUUCUAUAAACAUUUAUGUACAUAGAAUUUAAAGGUCAUAUUUGGGAUUUCUGGAAAGUUUUCUUAAGUGUGGCGAAGUACUUGUGUUCUCUGGAACUCGCAGAGGUCUUCAGACCCUGGUAAUGACUAUGUCAUGUUAAAGAAAUGUUCCACUGAAAGUUCUCAGAAUACUAUGUCUAAAAAAAUGGUUUCUUAGACAAGGCCUUUCGAAAAAAAAAAAAAGUAAAAAAGAAAAAGUUGUGUUUUGCCUUUAAAUGAUGUUUUGUACUAUUUUACAUUCACUGGCUGAGAGAGAUAUACAUUAAGAGGAGUUUGUUGCUUUUUUAAUUAUUUCUGUUUUACUUAUUUGAGCAUCACAAUGAACAGAAGAUGAUUUUUCAUGUGUACAUGUUAUUUUUGUCAAUGCAUUGUGACUUUUUUUUGUGAAUGUUCGGUUAUUUUUAUACAAUAAAAAUGGAGUUUAGGAAAAA